AUGAAUGACAGAACUACUCUGCCUUCCUAUGUGCGUGAGCAUUGGGACAAGGACGAGUUCUUUGGCUACCAGUACCUGAGUGGGCUCAACCCCAUGAUGAUCCAGCGCUGCACCAAACUGCCAGAGAACUUCCCUGUCACCGAGGAGAUGGUGAAGGAUUCCAUGGGCGGAAGCACCUUGAAGCAGGAGAUGAAGAGUGGAAACAUCUUCCUGGCUGACUACAAGAUGUUGGACGGUCUUCUGGGAAAUCAUAUCCAUGGAAAUUUGCAGUAUCUUGCGGCUCCUCUGGUCCUGCUCUACAGCAACCCCAAUGGCAAACUGUUUCCCAUCGCUAUUCAGUUGAAACAGGAGCCUGGAGAAGAAAACCCCAUCUUUCUUCCCUCUGACUCUGAGUGGGACUGGAAGCUUGCCAAGACCUUUGUGCGGAAUGCAGAGUUCGGCGUUCACGAGGUCGACUUUCAUUUUUUAAGAACUCACCUGCUGUCAGAGGUGUUCGCCGUGGCAACCCUGAGGAACUUGCCUCCACCUCAUCCACUCUACAAGCUCCUGUUUCCUCAUAUCCGUUACACACUCCAGAUCAACAUCAUGGCCCGGAAUAAGUUGAUCUCUAAAGAUGGGGCCAUUAACAAGUAUGCCGGAGUAGGAGGUCAGUCCUUGACCGAGGUGCUGAAGCGUGCCACAGCCUCCCUGACCUACAGCUCCCUCUGCCUGCCUGACAACAUUGCAGAGAGAGGCCUGGAGACGGUUCCCAAUUACUACUACAGAGAUGACGGACUCAAACUGUGGAGCAUCAUCAACAAGUACGUGGAUGGAUUCUUGCAAUAUUACUACCAGUCCGAUGAGCAUGUGCAAAAGGACACGGAGCUGCGUGACUGGGUCAGAGAGAUACACAACAAAGGCUUCCUAGGAAACAUCAAUUCAGAUAUCCCAUCAUCCUUCCAAACACUGGCAGAGCUUGUCAAAUUUGUCACCAUGGUGAUCUUCACAGCAUCAGGCCAACACGCUGCUGUCAACAAUGGACAGUUCGAGUAUGGUGGUUGGAUGCCAAACUACCCCAGUGCCCUCAGAAAGACCCCUCCCGCUGAGAAAGACGAGGCCACAGAGGAGACCUUUUUGGAGACCCUACCUGACAUUGGCACAACCGUCAACGGCAUUGCCGUCCUGAAGCUGCUGAGCACAAAGUCAACAGACCAUUACCCUCUAGGGAAGUUUCCAGAAGAUCUAUAUGAUGAGCGGGUCCCAGUUAAGAUCACUGACAACUUCCAGAAAGAUCUCAAGGAGCUGUCGUCCUCCAUUCAGAAGAGGAACAAGAAACUCGUGCUCCCCUACACCUACCUGGAUCCCAAAAAGAUUGAUAACAGUGUGGCCAUUUAA